AUGCCUAGUCCAAUUGAGAUAUGCACCCAGAAGAAAACAAUACUGUCUGUUGAAGAUAUUAUUGCUCUAAUUGGUGAUAAAUGUGAUGGUGUAAUCGGCCAGAUCGGGGAGACAUUGUUCGCAGCACUAAGCAGGGCAGGUGGAAAGGCUUUUAGUAACAUGGCUGUUGGUUAUAAUAAUGUCGAUGUUAGUGCUGCUAACAAGUAUGGUGUUGCUGUUGGAAACACUCCUGGAGUUCUUACAGAGACAACUGCAGAGUUGGCAGCAUCACUUUCUUUAGCUGCUGCUAGAAGAAUUGUUGAAGCAGACCAGUUCAUGAGGGAAGGCUUGUAUGAUGGAUGGCUUCCUCACCUGUACGACUCUAACCAUUGCUUAUCCAAACAUUUUUCCUAGUGGUUGUGUGAAUUUCUGAGUCAUUGGAUUGUCUAGGG